UACUCCGUCGCGUGCGUUUGUAUCCACGCCCUGACGCUCUCCAAAACAUUCCUCGCGUGCAGUGAGAUUUCACGAAACAUAAUAACAGCCCGUAUUUAAAAAACAAAUGGGAUAGUGAAACCUUAUCUCUGAAAGUCCUAACUUGUGAUCGAUUCAGUGAGUUGUUUCGAAGAAAGUAUAUUUUUGAUAUUGACAAAGUUGUAGUGCAAGUUUACUUUACAUUCCUUCCGAGUUUCGAACUUGGAAAGGUGGUACAAGCGUGACUAGCUGUGUUCAGUGAAGUUUUCCCUAGUGCUGGUCGGAGGCCGUCGAAGGAACUCGGCCCCGACAUGGAGAGCUAUUUCGACAUCUCCAACGACCUGAAGGAUGUCUGGGAUGCGGACAUCGACCCGGAUAUGCAGGAUGUGAUAGACGAGGACACAGAGAUGAGCGACUGGCUGAUCGAGCGCGACUCCAAGAUCGGCGUGAUCCUCCACGACAGACUAAUGACGGACGCGGCGCUGGGCGCAGCGCCCAUCAAGACAGAGCACUCCUACAGCCUGCACUCAGACGUCGAAUCCGCACCUGCCUCGCCAAACACCAAAGUUGACGACAUGGAAGACGAAUGCUACCCAGCGAUACCAGCGAGUGCGUGGCGAAGCAGACGGCGGUCCAGCGACUCCCCGCCCCCGGAAGUGAAGGCAGAACCAAAGUCCGAGCCCGAGUCGCCCGCCUCCUCCUGCCCGCCCUCACCCACCCCCGGCACGCCUGUCACACACGUCGAUUACGUCAUUGAUCACACGACCGGUACAAUUCACAUGCCACAAGCCGUGCUGCAAAAGGUGGGUGCAGCAGGCGUGCCGCAGCUGCUGCUCAGUGCGGCGCCGCGCAUCGCCAACAAGCUCAACAGCAACAAGCUCUCCAUCAAAGUCACGUCAUCAGGCACAUCAGCAGGAUUCAACCUACCGCCCACGCCGCCGUCCUCCCUGUCAUCAUCAGACAGUGAAGGUGCACUAUCACCCGCACACGAGGGAGCCACGCCCGCCGCGCCCGCGCCGCCCACGCGACGCAACCAUCUCUACGUGUCGCACCACUCGCGACAACCUAUCAACACACCACUCAUUAGCAGCCAGCCGAAAGGUUCAACGGGCUCGCUUAUUUUAACGGAGGAAGAGAAACGCACAUUACUAGCCGAAGGCUACCCCGUGCCCACACGCCUACCCCUCACAAAAGCCGAGGAGAAAUCUCUAAAGAAGAUCAGGAGGAAAAUAAAAAAUAAGAUAUCAGCACAAGAAAGCAGACGCAAGAAGAAGGAAUACAUGGACCAAUUAGAGAGGAAAGUAGAAAUAUUAGCGUCAGAGAAUUCAGACUACAGGAAAAGGGUAGAUUCCCUGGAGCAGACGAAUGCGAAUCUUCUGAGCCAACUAGCAGCUUUGCAGGCGCUCGUCACCAGGAGCGCUCGAAAGUGACGGCCUCAAGUGAAGCGACUCGCUUGACGCCACUUCUCACUUGCACAGGGACUUAAAUCUGCAGGAUACAUCCCAACGGGCAGACUUUCUGACGUCACUCGGCCUCGCUCUGCUAUGGAUGAUCGCUAUUGACGAUACUACUGUUAAAGGUGGGGGUUCCUUGGUGCGUAUAAACGCAGAGCAAACACACAUAGUACAAAUACAGAAGUGGAAAUAUAGUCGAGGGUUGCUUAGAACUAAUACUGCAAGCCAACGUUAUACAUUGUAGUCAGUACUAAUGAAACUAAAAGCAUGACUUUGAAUGCGCAGAACUCAUAUUUUAGAUCUUAAUAGGUCUAACUACACUGCGCUUUCAACUACUUGCGUUAGAAGCAUUCGCUAACUGCCCAGAUGUAUGCCUGUGCGCAUACCUCAUGGUCGCUGGUAAUAGCGCAUGUAUUACCAUGUGGUGCACGCACUCUCUCGCAUCCUCUCCCUCGCUUGUGUCGCAACACGGGCAACUUUAAUAUAAAUGAAUAAUAUGCGUAGACGCAUGCAUUGCUUCGGCAUCUACCAAGACGCAUUAGUACCUAUACACAAGUUGAAAGUGCACCAGGGAUGCAAAUGGCGCAGUAUACUUGAUUGAUUGGCUGCUAUGUCACGUCAAACUCUGCUUCCCGGGUACCGUGUGUCUUCUUACAGUCUACCGCGCACACACCAAUUCUUUAUGGAGCAAGAGUAUGUACAUAUGCGCAAGUAUUUAUUUGGAAAACUUUAUUGCACACACAAACAUAUAUACAGAAAACAUUAGUAGAAACUAUACUAGAUACUAGAUAGAAGUAUCCAAUGCCUCGAGAUCAGUGCCGUUUACUUUAUAUCUUUAGGGUACGAAGCGUCUAUGCAGUGCGUAAAGCACUAAGGAGCCCCUAUCUUUAAUAUACGUAACUAAAUCACUCUAGUCACCUUAGAACCGGCAACUUUAGUAAUCAAACUUAACAAAUGAAUAUCAUUUUCAAAAAUGUUUAAAUUAUCUAGUUCUCAGCGAAGGAUGAUUGUUUAGAAAUACUUAGUUUGGAUUUUGUAACUUUAUUUUAUUCAAGAGUAACUUAAACUCAACAGUCUUCAAAAUUAGACCUACUAACAGUAUUAUAGCCGGUUCUAGUGGUUGGACAACUGCAGAAAGAAAACUUAAACGGCUGUGAGAACUGGUAGGAAUGAAUUCUCACAGUUCCUAGUAUUUAUAUGUGAAGCGAACAGUGACAACGAUGAUGUCCCUGACAAAGGAGUGUAUAUUUUGUCGAUUGUAUAUUUUGGAUGUAACUUUACAUUUUACCACGACCCGUUGCGUUGGUAUCCAAAGGACUGUUAGUUUGAAUGGUUGCUCAUUGUAUUGUUAGUAAAUCGUUACUCUGUGGUGCUGGAUAUGACAUGCUAUACCUACAUUUUGGUUUUAGGUAUACUAACGCUCGAGUGCCACAUUAGAUAUUUAUUUUUAUUACAACUCAGCUCGUCCUCGACCACGCUCAGCUGACUCGAUGACAGGGAACACUACUGGGUCUUAGAUAAAUGUCGCUAGGUGUUUACGCGUGUUGUUUGAAAUCUCGUAAUAUAUUUUAAAAAAAAUGCCAAACGGCAUAUUAAUUUAAGUUUUGAUUCGUGCGUGUUUUUAUUAAAAUGUGCAAUUAGGUUAAGGAAUUAUAAUUGUUACCUAAUGCUUUGCGUCCAUUGGGCAAAUCCAGAUUUGGAUUGUGCGGUAGGACGCAUUCCGACCGCUCCUACUGGACGCUCGGCUCAAAGCCGCGCAUCGCCGCUGCUGUGGCGAGCGUUUCGCUUUCUUCAUAAUAAUUUUCUAGAGCUCUAUUGAUCAUGCUACUGUUAUUGGUCUUAUAAUUUUAUAUCGAUUGUUGUGAUUUAAAACAGUGGUUAAUAGGCAUGCGGUGAAACUGUCGAGUUUUCUCCAUAAUGACUAUUUAGUGACCGAAAUACCUAAAUGAGUUGCGAGCCGUAUCAUCUCGACUGUGGUGUUGUCGGGAAUCUUAGUAGCAUAAUAAUAAUUAUUUAAGACGAUCGCAAUGCGCGAGUCUUAUCUGUUAAUAUUGAAUUCCAUGAAUUUGCAUUUAUAGCGAAAUGUGUAUCGUCCUAGAGAUUUUAUCAUGUAUUUAGAUAAAUAACGUUUAGUUAUACGCAUCUAAUAACGGACCUAAUGAAACCGAUUUGAUUGAAAAAUGUUUUUCGGUAAUGUCUAGUCUCGUAGAAUCAGGUCGAGGUCUCUUUGUGGAGGCCCUCGGAAUGAAAAGAUAGCUGUAUUCACUUCAAGUUAAUUGCGCUCUAUGGAUAGACGAGUACAAAUUAAUAAUGGCAUGCCUUCGAUGAAAAUAACGUAACUAACACUAUACAAUUUACUAUAUGACAAAAUAAUGAUAUCACUUUUUAUAUUCUAAGCGCCUUUGAUUUAGGAGUCCAUUACUUAAAUAGUUUAUGUAUAGAAUCUCUAAAAGCAGUUUAUUUGAAUUGUUUACGGUCUUGCCAGAUUUAAAUGCAAAGUUAAUUAAUUUUUGUGACAGCGGCCAUCUUUGUGAACUAACAUUCUUUUGUACUAAACAUUCCAUUUUUCCUUUUAGAGAUGAGUGACUUAAAGUGAGCUCGAGUACUUAUGCUGAUAUUUAACGUAUCUUAAAUCUCUGUACAAACCAUACCUGUUAAAAUUGUAUUUAUAAUGUCUCAUAUUAAAAAAAAUAUUGUAAAGCAUAAUUUAUUAUACCUACUUAGUUGUUGAGAUAAAUAUUUGCCGAAUUUCUCCCGAAAUUGCAUAUUGGAUAAAAAAAUUGGAUCAUUUAAUUAAAUUAAUUCUAUAGGUACUCUUUAAAACUUUCCAUUAUUUCUACUUAAUUUCGUGUUAAGACUUUAUUUAUUUUCAGUAUCUUUUUGACUUCGGGAAAAUUUCGGCGACAUAUGACAUCUAAUGUUUGAAUAUUUUUAUACAUCUCAUUGAAUCGGCAUAUUAUAUUCGUGUUAGUAUUUAUGUACUAUGUGUGCAAUUACUAUGUUCUCUUUUUACAUUUUUAGAAGUUCUUCCUAUUUAGACGUAAGAGAAUAAUAAAUAUAUUUAUACUGCGCUAAAUAUAUUAUCAUAUAUCGCUCCCUGCACGAAAGUGGGAUUUUUAAAAGAAUUUAUUGAGAUAUAUUUUAAGAGAUUUUUUCUAAUAAAAUUUUAGAAAUAUGUAUAUUAUAUAUAAACACUGUUUUAUGUGUCUGUCGUAAGUUAUGUAUAUUAGGUUAGCUGUAUAAGUUAGCGUAACUGUAAAGUUGAAUCAUGGAAACAGCAAAGCGUGCCUGCCUAUCAGUUAUUGAUUUUACCAUAAUGUACUAGGUAUCGAUUUAUCGAACGUAGAAUAAUGUGUUGUGGUUUAAAAGAAUGGUCUAUAUUUAAAAAGAUAUAAUGAAGAAAAUAUUUAACUUUUAUAUUAAUGUAUUUUAAUUCCUAUUAUGGCAUUUACCGUCUACAAAAGAGUGAUUUUAAUUGAAAACGACUUAUACAUAAAUUUACUAAAAUUAGUCGAUAUAUUUAACUUAUCAAUUUAUGUUAUCAGUUCGCGUUCUUGUGAAUCGAUAUACGAUAGACAAUUAUUAUUGUAAAUGAAAUGCCAAACAAAUAUACAUACACUAAGUAUGAGGGCCCCGCACACUGGGUGAUAAAUAUCGUAGCAUCUAUUCGAACUAAGAAACUAUAAUACUUAAUAUUUAAUAAAUGUAUAAACAAUAUAAAAAAACUAUAAAAAUUGACAAAUGCAAUAAUGUUUUGAAACACUAGCAUUUGUAAGUUUAAUAUUUAUAUGAACAAAAUAUUGAUAGAUAAAAUUAAUAAUGCCAGUGUUUCAUUUUCUUUUUCAUCGAUAGCAAAUUUUCGCUUGAUUAUGAUCUUACCUAUGCUAUGCUAUACGUUGGUAUAUUGCAGACAAUGAUAUUAUAUUUAUAUCAUGUAAAAAAGAAAUACCUAUAUAAUAUUUAGGUAACUAAAUUGAAAAUUUAAAACUACGGGUCACGUUUGAAGAUCUCUUCUACUUAUGUACCGUACCUUCUGUCUUAUUCAUCGAGUGUUUUUUUUACUUAUAAAUUUCGUACGAUGUCUAUGGUAUAAUCAUGCCGUUGAGUGCAGACAUAAUAUAAUAUAUAAUGAGGCAAUAUUUUGGAGUCAUAUUCCCGAAUGGAUGCUACAAAAACGCUGAUAAAGUCCUCAGUCCAAUAGACACUGUUAGGCCGUGUGGUUUUGUUAAUAUUGAAGUAAUUUUAUGGGUAGUUUUAUUUGUUAUAAAACUAUUCACUGUUAAUUUGAGUCAAGAUUUGUUGAAUCAUUUGUUUUAUUUUAUUUUCCAAUGACAUUGCGGAUUCUACUGUCACCUUUGAGCUAAUAAAGCGUCGGAUAUUUUA